AUGAAUCUUCGUGCCUACGCUGUCCUCACGCUUGGCAGCCUUGCUGCAGGAGCACAGUAUCCAUUGGGCGCUACUACUAGGGGCAGUUGGGGCUCGUCUGCUCCUUACGACGCUGGCCUUUUCACACCUUUUCAGGACCUCAACGCUCUCUCCGUGACAGAGUACACCACUCUGCUGCACCCUCACUUCCCUGCACAUAGCGUGCGUGUGAAGCAGUCGCAUUUCUGCGACGGCGAAGUACAGGCGUACUCCGGCUACAUCGAUGUCGGGGCCCGCCAUCUCUUCUUCGCCUUCUUUGAGAGCAGACGCGAUCCCGACGAAGACGACGUGAUAUUCUGGACAAAUGGUGGUCCUGGCGGAUCUUCAAUGCUCGGCCUCUACAACGAGCUUGGACCUUGCCGUGUGACUGGACCGAACACUACGGAACGUUUCGAAUACGCAUGGAACAACCAUGCUAACGUGUUCUUCGUCGACCAGCCUAUCGGUGUCGGCUUCUCGUACGCGGACUAUGGCGAGAAGAUCAGCACCAAUGCGGAAGCAGGACAAGACAUAGCUGCCUUUUUUGUCAUAUUUUUCGAGCACUUCACAAAGUUUAAGGGUAGACCGUUCCACAUGGCUGGCGAAUCCUUUGGUGGCCGCUACAUCCCUGUCUUUGCAUCUGCCGUGUACGAUCGCAACGCAGACCUGGUCUAUGCAGGCUUGACGCCUAUCAAUCUGACCUCUGUGAUGAUAGGGAACGGCGACACUAAUAGUGUAGCCACCAUGAUGUCAUAUUAUGAUGUUCAGUGUGGAAGCUAUGGCUUCCCAAAAGUGACGAGCAUAUCGGAUUGCGUUCGCAUGAAGCAAUUCGUCCCUCGAUGCCAGAAGCGACUCAAGGAGUCCUGCGUUGAUGUCUUGGAUCACAUCGACUGCCUGGACGCCUGGGAGUUCUGCCAGAAAUCGCUGACUGAAGAUAUCUUUACAAGGCGGAACCCAUACGAUGCGUUGAGACCGUGCCUGGACAGGCCCGACUUCGAGUCCUGUUACCCUAUCGUUGGUGACACAACCACGUACUUGAACAACCGCUCCGUGCAGGAAGCCCUUGGCAUCGACCCGCACCACGGCAACUACUCUUGGGCCAACUGGGAAGUCAAUGCGCGGUUGAAUGAAGACGACAGGUGGUUCCGUGCCGAACAUCACCUGGAGGCGCUCCUCCAACGUGGCGUGAAGGCUCUCAUCUACGUUGGUGACAAAGAUUGGAUCUGCAAUUGGGUCGGCAACGAACGCAUGACGCUCGAACUCGAGUGGUUCGGACAGGACGCAUUUAGGAGCCAGCCCUUGCGAGACUGGUCAGUGGAUGGGGUAGAUGCGGGUCGGACGAGGAGUGCAGGCAGCUUGACGUUCGCCACUAUCCGCGAUGCAGGACAUAUGGCGCCGUAUGACCAACCCGUCCGCACCUUGGAGGUGGUCAACCGCUGGCUUGCUGGCCAAGAAUUGUAGUGAUACAGAGCUUUGGCUCACUCGCAAGAAAUAGCACUCGAUUUGAC